CCUGCCCAUCCCGGGAUAUCCUAGCCCUGCGCGCUGCUGCAUGCGGGAGCAGGGAGAGAGCCUCGCCGGCCCGCUCCUCCAGCAUGUCCGCCCGCUGUUGCGCCGGCCAGUUGGCCUGCUGCUGUGGUACUGCUGCUUGUUCCUUGUGCUGCAAAUGCUGCCCCAAGAUAAAACAGUCAACCAGCACCCGCUUCAUGUACGCGCUUUACUUCAUCCUGGUGACCAUCAUCUGCUGUGUCAUGAUGUCUACAACAGUAGCUAACGAAAUGAAAACUCACAUUCCCUUCUACAAGCAGAUGUGCAAGGGUAUUCAGGCGGGUGAGAUGUGUGAGAAGUUGGUGGGGUACUCUGCAGUGUACAAAGUCUGUUUUGGGAUGGCCUGUUUCUUCUUUUUAUUCUUCUUGUUUACCAUCAAAAUUAACAACAGCAAAAGCUGCCGAGCAUACAUUCAUAAUGGAUUCUGGCUUAUUAAACUUAUAGUUCUGGCAGCAAUGUGCUCCGGAGCCUUCUUCAUUCCUGAUCAGGACACUUUCCUCAAUGCCUGGCGCUAUGUAGGAGCAACAGGAGGGUUCCUUUUCAUUGCCAUUCAGCUCAUCCUGCUGGUUGAGUUCACCCACAAGUGGAAUAAAAAUUGGACUGCAGGUGCAAACCACAAGCAGAUGUGGAAUGGUUUGCUUGCCUUGGUGACUCUCAUCCUGUACUCCAUUGCGGUGGCAGCACUGGUCCUCAUGGCUCUUUUCUACACGCGCUCAGAGGGCUGCAUGUACAACAAGGUCCUGAUCGGAGUGAAUGGUGGCCUGUGCCUCUUUGUGUCCCUGGUGGCCAUAUCACCCUGUGUCCAGAAUCGCCAGCCCCAUUCUGGCUUGCUGCAGUCAGGAGUUAUUAGCUGCUAUGUCAUGUACCUCACUUUCUCAGCACUAUCCAGCAAACCACCAGAAACGAUCCUGGAUGAAAACAACAGGAAUAUCACAAUCUGUGUACCUGAAUUCAGUCAAGGCCUGCACAGAGAUGAAAACCUGGUUACUGGCCUGGGUACUACGAUUCUGUUUGGCUGCAUUUUAUAUUCUUGUUUGACCUCAACAACACGUGCAAGCUCAGAGGCACUGAGAGGAAUAUAUGCAACAGCUGAAACUGAAGUAGCUCGUUGCUGCUUUUGCUGUGUACCCGAUGGAGAUGCUGAUGCUGAAGAUCAUGUAGAAAAAAGAGGAGGCCAGACUGUGGUUUACGAUGAGAAGAAGGGCACAGUGUACAGUUAUGCCUACUUCCACUUUGUUUUCUUCCUGGCUUCUCUUUAUGUUAUGAUGACAGUAACUCAUUGGUUCCAUUACGAAAGUGCUCAGAUUGAAAAAUUCUUCACUGGAACCUGGUCUAUCUUCUGGAUUAAGAUGGUCUCCUGUUGGGUUUGUGUCUUUCUGUACUUAUGGACUCUUAUUGCUCCACUCUGUUGCUCAACCAGAGAGUUCUUAGUGUGAGCAGUCAAAAGGUCAUUUUAAGUUUUUCUCUUUUUUUUUUUCUUUUUCAUUUGUAAUGAGGAAACUCCUAUUACCCAGUUACCAUAAUGUACCAGUUACUAUCUUUUUAGUCAGACUAAGCACGAUUGAAGACUUUUUUUACCAUUUUUUAUUAUGAACAAGCAUUGCCUAAGGGAACGAAUCUGUUUUGAAACUUUACAAUGCUUACGUGUGGUGUGUAGAAAACACAGUUGUUGCAUAAACUGGAAUAAGUGAAAUACUCUUCAAAUAACUGACAAUCCUUCUCUGGCUUCAUUGACAACAAAAGAAAAACUCAUGGUGCAGAUACCUUCUUACUUUCCAUGAAUGUUUGGUAUCUUUCAGCAAAUACGCUUUCAUUCUUUUUUUAUACUCUUUUAUUAACUGUUUCUUUUACAGUUUGCAGUGAUGAUUUGGACUGCUGUUUUGUACAGCAUAUAAUUCUUGUAAGUAGUAUCCAGAUUUUUUUUUUUUCCCAGAAACAUAUCUAAAUACUUCUGUAGAAAUAAGAGAAUAUAUAAAAUUUGGCUGCCAAAGCAUCUACUAAAAAUAGUUUAUCUAAGUAUUAAAUAUAUUAAGUUAUUUUAUACCUAGAUUGAGAAAGGAAUUUACCAAUGAUAGUAAAGUAUUUAUUCUAUUAUUACUUUAAAGGCACCUGGAUAUUUUAUGCAAAUCAGAUUUAGCCCAGUUAAUAACUGAAGGGGAAUUCUGCACACAAAUUGUCAAACUGAAUUUUGUCUAGUUUUUCUUUGCCAGGUCACUCAAAAGUUGAGUGUAGUGUAUGGGGAUGUAAGAUAAGGUACAUUCUUUAUUCACAUUGUGUACUGUUGAGAAAAUGAUAGUUAAGGGAGCACUGCCAGUUGCUGUUAAAUUUAAAAGUGGGGUGCUCAUUUGCUUUUCUGCCCUGCUGUUUCAGCUUGUCUUUAAAGGUUUCCCAGGUCUUCAGUUGUAUUUCCAUGACUACUUUUAUAAUAUUUUAGAUGCAUUGAUGGUCAGAAAAGGACUACAGUGUGUCAUCAUCUUUUCUGCUUGUGUGUUGAUUGGAAAGUAUUUUUUCUAUAUUUUUAUACUCCUUUGUUGAUAUUAGUUUUGCUGUUGUGAUGGGACUUAGCCAACCAAUAUAUUCAUUGAGACAGAAAUUCUUUUGUAGAAUUCCUAUUCCAAGCACUGGAGUAAGCAGUCAGAAAAGCAAAACCAGAAGACAUAAAUAUAACAAGCAGCUGCCUUAGUACAAAUGACUUCAUGAUAUUAAACACCUCUUUUUUAUUAAUUUAAGCAGAUGAUUUGGUGGUAAAACAACAGCUCAAAUGCACUAAAUGCUGAAAAAGGUUGAAUCCCCACCAUUAUUUACAUUCUGGUGGGAUGAAUUUAUGAUUUGAGCUAGUUCUGGUGGUUUUUAUCUUCUCUUUCUUGACGUGUAUAUUCACAUACAUGUAUAGUGUAAAAUAUCAACCAAUUUAGCAGCUCUUUUUUAAAAAAAAGUAUGAUUGAGCCUUAAAUCUUCAUCCACUGCUUUCUGCAAAUCAAAGAAAAGCACAACAUGGAGGCCAAUGGGUUGGCAAAAGAUUUGCAUGCCCUAGUUUUUUUGUUGUAGUAAUUAAUGGUUAGUGCCCACCUGGUGAGUAAUCUUAACAUAUUGGAUCUUGAUUCUGGUCUUGUUUUCAUUACCAUUUUUAGUUGCCUUGUUGUUAUGGUAUCCCAGGGCUUCUGUCCUGUUUGGAGCUUUCUAGGGAUGUGAUCUACUCCACCCUGUUCACUCUUACCUGAAACAAAAUCUUCACAUCUGCAGUCCUACUUAUGCCACCUUUCCCAGUGAUUGGAGCAUCAAAAUACAUGUCCUGAGAUGUGAAGGAAGGAGGAGUCUGUCCAGCAGCGACCACCUUGGUGUUCUUGCAUGCACCAAGAGUUAAAAAUAGCAGUUGAAGCUGGGUUUUGACACUGAAUUAGAAAAGCAACCAAUAGUUCUGGACAGGGAGGCAGGUUUUUCUCUUUUCCUUUGCUUCUCCUAGGAGGUUCUGAUCCUGCCAAGAGCUCUGCUAGCAUGGGGACCUGUCAGAACAUUCCUGCCUGCAUUUAGAGUCUUGCUACACAGAUACUUCUGCAGCUGAAAAAGGCCUUUAUUAAUGCUCUUAAAAUCCAGAAGCAUUUAUCUGUCCAGUCUCUAAGAUAAGAGCCUGUGGGCUGUGCAGUGAUUAACAGAUGCCCUGCCUAACUCACAGCAGCAAUUCUGACGGUUUUGAUCCAAUGCUGUGGCUGUGUGCUGCAACUGAAAUAGUCCAGGCUCAUGCCUUGCCUGAUCCUAAAAGGCAUGCAAGAUUGGCCUUCUAGUGCCAUAUGUGAAAUGAGAAACCAAGUUGGGUUUUUUGUUUCUUUGUUGAGUUUUUGUUUGUUUAUUUGAUUUUUCCCUAAAUUAGCCUUUUUUUUUUGUAACAGAAUAAUCAGAGAAAGGAGAACGAAAUCCUUCACAGAGGAGGGCAUGCACUAUGUCAUUAUAAGGCAGGGAAAGAUUCCUGUUGUCUGGUUCUGAUAGCAGGCAUCCCUGUCACAAAUGUCAAUGAUCUUAAUACCGAUCUUGGUCCUUGGAUGUUCUUGUUUACAGAAACACUUAUUUUAUGUAGUAUUUGCAUUAGGGCUUCACGCACCUCCUUGUGUUGCUCUUUUUUUUACAGUUUGUGUUUAGGGAAAUAGGUUUUGCACAGAGGAAACAAGGCUGUAAAAAGAAAGUCCACAGUGAGGCAUAAGUCUAUUCUUCUUACACAGCACGCACCUCACUGAGUUGCUACUCCAUCCUUCUCUAACUACCAACUAUUGACCUUAAGUGUCUAGAUCUGCAGGUAUACGCUGAGUGGGAAUAGGGCAGUGCCUGUUUACACAAAAUUGUCUUCUUUGAGCAAAUGUCUGGGGGAAAACCCCACAAAAUAAAUAACUUUGAGGGCCUGUAUUGUGUCCAUGGUGCCCCAGAUCCAGCUGUGGACUUCCAGGCCUUUCUAAAGAAUCAGUAACUAGUAGCACUUGGGUGUGCAGAGAGUCUAGUUCCUCACCAAGACAAGUCUUCCUGCUGGCCAGGCAAAUGUUACAGCCUUAGUGUUUGCUGUAAAAUCUGUACUGUGAACUUCCUGUGCAACUACAUAACAAAAUCCUCGGCUCGGGUCAAGGAAUCAAAUUCCCAGCCCAUAGAUUCCAAACAGUUCAUGCAAAUGGGCUUUUAAAAAAAACAAACUUUUAAGAAGUGCCUUCAUACCUACACUGCUGUGAUAACUAUUAAUUCAGGUGGCACUAGAACUGGAAAACCUGGACUGAGCCUGUGACUGGGAGAUGCUGCCUUGUACGUUACACCGGUGUACAAGGCACAGUUAGACCCGGGGUGCACGUGGAAGACCAAACAAUCUGUGCUUGACAAAACUUUGGGGAUAAGACUGCUUCAGGUUUUACUGUGCAGUGGAAAACUAAGUGGGAAAACUCACAAGUAGCCUGAUGCUUUUGUAAAUAAGUGAUUAAUUUUACAUUUAAGCUGUAAACAGUUAACUUUCUCUCCCCAUACCUGGAAGUGGAGGUGACUGUCUGCUGAGGCAGUUCACAGCAUGGUGUCUAUCCUGCCUUGUACCAUGAUUGUUCAUUGAAUUUGUUCCCAGAUGUAAACAUUGCAACACUUUGGCUCCUAGUGGUUUUGGGCUGUGUGAAGUAAGGAAGCUUGCAAAGACAGCAAGACCAGAGAACGUGUCCUGUACUAAAUUUGCUCUAUUUAAAUUUGAUGAACUAAUGCUAUCUUGAAUUGACUCUUGGAGGAGCAGACAGUAUUGAAGAAGUCCUGCUGUGAAGGUUGAAACAAUUUUAUUGGCUUUUUUAUACUUUUUCAUAUUUGCCAUCAUAAAGAUUAUUUGGGACUUCACUGCUGCACUGUCAUCUGAGAUUGGAACAAUUUUACUUUUCCACAUGAAGGCAACCAAGAGCCACAGUCAUGACUGGUUCUUGUUUGGGGUAAAAUAAGUGGGACAGACUCAGAGAGCAAGUGUCUGAAUCCAAGUAACUGGACUAACAAAUGAAAUGAUAAAACUUUACUACGGAUGUGUGGAAAACAGAUGGGUGUAUUUCUUUGCUGUUUGCCACAUAGUUCCUCUAAGUGUGCAGGCAGCCCUUGCAGCUGGAUGCCAAGUAAGGAGCUCCACUGCAAUCGCACAUCGAAGGUAUUGCAUGUUUGUGAUACUCACAGCUUUCUCCUUCAAGCAUUUCUAUGAGGUUCAAACAUCUUGUACAUGCCCAGCUAAUGUGGUAAAUCCUGUUUGGGCUGGGCUGCUUUCCUCUGAAAUGCAGAAUUUAGUGUUGCUAAUAUGUGCAUAGUCCAGAGAGAGGGUUUGUCCUCUCACAGAAUCAUAAACACUGCAUGUCUAUUUAUUUAUUUAUUUUGUGUUUUAGCACCUUUUUACAAGUCUAUAAGUGCUUUGAGAUUAUAAAUUACGCAUGUGUAAUUGCUUUGACAGCUACUGCUGCAGCCAUUUCUGGGCUAGAACAUUGCUAUUAAUGAAGCAACCCUUGCACUUGUGAAAAAGCUGUUUUUUAACAGUUCUUUGGCUUUGAAUGAUGGCAUCAGGAAAAUUUGGGUACUUGAGAUAGUGCUGCUUGAACUUUGGCUAACAGUCCAUAGUAUCUUGGGCAUCUCUGAGCAGAUCAGCAACAAAGUAAUCCAUUGACUGUUUUUAAACUGUGCUGUAAAGAUUUUAUGAACUGCUAGGCUUUUCUCCUAAGCUGAUGAAGUAAAAUACCACAAGAGCCUACCUCUGUGGCUGGAUGAGCUGAGAUUAUCCACAGCUAAAAUUUUGCUCAUUUUCCUUCUGGGCUUUAGUAGCAAUGUCUUUUGCUUGGAGGCUGUAUCUCCUCAUUUUAUUUGCCUUUUUCUCCUUGGAUAUGUUUUUUAAAGGCAAUGUAAACCUCCUUCCUUCCCAGACAACCUGCUGCCUGUCAAAUGGGAUGUUUUUGGUGCUAGAAACUAGCAAAGACCUCUUUGCCAAGUCUUACUGAUCCUUUGCUUUUCAUAGCAGGACAACCUGCAGCAUUGAAGCAGAGUCAAAGAUCAUAGUUUAUUACAUGGAUCAGUUUUCUUCUGUGAAAACUGCUUCUUUGUUUUCUGAAGUGGCCUACGAGUUCUUGUGGGAGGGAAACACACAGUGAACACCAUGACAUUUUACUCGUGUUUUCAGUUUUGUAACCAGUAGUUAGAAUUUAGUGUUUCACAUGACUGUACAAAUGAAUGCCAGGAGUCAAGUGCUUAGAAAGCUGUAGCUUUUUUUUACUUAGAACAGGAUACGUAGCUUGGGAACUGGUAUGUCUGUGCAUUUUUCACAUCCUCAUGGUAAUGUUCAAGUGCCCCAGGAUGGGGAUGUAGACAUAUUGUGCAGAGUUUGAAGCAGCAGCUUUGAGAGACUGGCAUGACGACUGCUUUCUAAUGCUCAAGGGGAUUCUGUAAGUCUUGUUUAGGGGUUUUUAUCGAAUUUGGAUUUGCUUCUUUCGACAGCUGUUCAAAAACGUUGUUUUUAAAAAGUUAGAAUUUCUUUCAGAUGUAAGCCACGUUGGCUUCCCCACUGCUUGCCAGUCUCUGAGAGUUCCCAGAGUGUAGCGUACAGGCAUUUCCACAGACUUGUUCAGAGCCACAUUCAUCAGCUUUGAAACCACUCCAGCAGCCUAAAGUUUCCAGGGCUAAAGUCACCAGUGCUGCAGGGUGCAGCAUUUCAGCCAUGCUUUUUGCCAAAGAAGCCUCAGCGUGAAGCCAAGAAGAAAGUGCGAAGCCAAGAAUUUUGGAAAGCUAUGGGGAAAUAAUGGAUCAUUGGACAUACCAUAGCUUUAGCUUUCCUCUUACUGAUACAAGUCCAGGUGCUUAGGUGUCCUUUGGACAUCCACACAGACUUAAAGUGCAGAGCAUUAGCUUCCAGAUAAAAUCAUUCUACUUGUAAUAUACAAGCUGAGAAAAGAUUUACUAGGAACAUAUGGGUUCAGUGUCUGCUUUUUGUUCACCACUGAUGCAUGAUGUUCAGUCUCAUAUAUGCCAUGUUCAAAAACUGGAUGCAAAACAGUCAAAAUAUAAACACAUUAUCUUAAUGGUGAGGGGAUUUUAAUUAGUCUUUUUCAAGGUUCUUAAUAUCUCAAGGGAACUUUUUGGUGUGAAUGUGUAGUUUUAUUUUAUUAAGAUGUAGCCCAGUGAAGUGGAAGUUUGCUAGUUUAUUUAACUUUUUUGCAAGUGUUGUGGUCUUUAGUAACUGUAACAGUUUGACUUUUAAGGAUUAGUAAGAUUCCAGAAUUGUAAGAUCUUACUUAUAAAAUAGUCAACAGCUUUGCCUUUUUAGCAUGUUACUGGUUUUUAUGGACACUUCCUUUUGUAUAUUGAGUGAAUGUAUUGUUACAGAUUUAAUGUUUAAUGGACCAAUAAAAUUUUUCUUACAUUUGAAAUGAAUUGUUGUGAUACAUU